AUGAACCCUGAUAUUCUAGGUUUUGACAAUGACGAAGAUCACCUCACUGCCAUAAGUCCAACACACCAGACAACAUUGGCUUCUACAGCUCUAGUCGAGGAUGCUGAAGUUUUCGCCAUUGACACUUGUCUAUGGCUCAACAUCUACAAGGAAGAAUACAACAAGAAGCUUGCAACCAAGAUCCUAGGUGUGAACACGACCGAGACAGUCACCUACUACACUACCAGGCCAAACGCCCUCAAGAAGGGCCACAGGGUCCCUCUGCUGAGAGAAGACCCGGAGAUUGCAGAAGAACUCAAGGGAGAAUACCUGGGAACUGGCCUUAUGAUCCGCUGUUUCUACCAGCUACCCCAUGCCGCGACCAUAAUCAUCACUUACAGGAUGGGAACCCCAUCUGCAGAAAUAAUUUCAGCCAUACGUCUCCGCUAA